ACCUCCUGAGUUAUAUGUUGAUUGUGAUGUUUUUUUGAGAUUUUCUUCACUCUGACUUAGUGUCAUGUGGUUUGGGUAGUUGUUGUCAACCUCCUGGACAAAUUUGACAGCUGUUCAUCAUUCUGUAUUGGAGUAAUAUCACUAUGUUUUCUGCCCGAUCUUGGACUGUUUUACUGGUGUAUUUGAUGCUCAGUCCCAGUGCAGGGAUUACAGUUGAGAGACCUGCUGUUGUUCAAUUCACACAUUGGACAAUAGAUGAUGGACACAUAAUGAAUACAGUGACAAUGGAUGAGCGCAUGAUAUCAAUGCCUAGUGGUGUCAAGUCUAGCUCCUUUGCCAAUGGACAUGACAAGCAUGUAUGUUAUACUAAGCAAGCUAUUUACUCUCUCCGUCAGAGCCCAGGAUCUUGUCAUCUAUCACCUGAUACUUAUACUCGUAUCAAGGAGUUGGGUAUAUGUCGAAUGAGAGGUAGGAGAGGUGGACGGCAUACAUGUAUUCAAGAAAGGAUUGUAAAUGGUUGUACAAAGAAGCAUGCAGGUACAGUCGAGGGAAUGACGACACAAUCCCUGUAAUUGUGAGCUCUUACAAGAGAAAAGCUACCUCUGAUAAUCUAGUGCCUGUUAAAAGAGAGAAGUAUGAUAAACUGAAUGUUCAUCUAUGGAAUUGUCAUUCACUCAGGAACAAAACAUUCCUUCUGACUGAUUACAUCUUAGAGAACAACGUUGACAUCAUGUUUCUGACUGAAACAUGGUUGAAAAGUGAGGAUCCAGUGGUGAUCAAUGAGAGUACUCCAUCAGGCUAUACCUUCAUGAAUGCACCACGUGGAAGAGAUGAUGCUCAUGGUGGAAUUGCCGUCAUUUACAAAACUCAGCUCAGCCUGUCUGUCAUCAAACUUAAACUGAGACAUGAUACUUAUGAGCAUAUCUGUGUUACUGAUCCAUCACGGAUGGUUUGCUAUGUGGUUGUCUACAGACCACCUCCUUCUAUGCGGAAUUCCCUCAAAACUAGUGAAUUCUUUUAAUAGCUGAUUUUGAUGAACUUGUGAAAGAACUUUCUGCAAGUUCGUCCAAAGUCCUCUUACUCGGAGAUUUCAAUAUUCAUGUAGACAUUCCAAGUAAACCUGAGGCAAUGCAGUUUCUCUCAUCCCUUGAUGAAGCUGGCCUUUGCCAAGUUGGCAAUGCCAACACAUCCAGGGCCCUACCCACAGGUGCGGUCAUACACUUGAUCUGAUUAUUCCUAAGGACAAUGAUGAUUCCUUUGUGAAUUCCUGCUGGAUUCGAGAGAAGUUAUAUUCUGAUCAUCAUUUUCUUGGCUGUGUACUUGACGUGGCAAAACCAAAGUUACAGAAUGUGACAUCUGUUUCCCGUAAUUUCCGUAGCCUCAACAAGGAUUCUCUAUGUUCUGAGAUAGCUGAAGCAUUUGUGGACUUUCCUUUUCAAGGUACUGCAGAUGAACAGGUUACAUUUUACAACAAUGCAAUCUCUACAGUACUGGAUACCCUGUGUCCAGCCACCAAAAGGACCCACAAAUUUCGUUCUCAUCCUCCAUGGUAUAGUGAUGAGAUUUAUGAAGCGAGACGUACUACAUGUAGACGAAGGCUUGAAAAGGUGUGGUCUAAGAAUCGCACCACUGAUAAUCGUCAUAAAUACCUGAACCAGAUCCACACGAUAGACAAGCUUGUCAAGCAAGCAAAGUCAUCAUUCUACAAUGACCAAUUGAGUGAUGCUGAUACUAAGAAAAUAUUUGGCGCUCUGAAUGUGCUCUUGGACAGGUCUCCGAAAAUCCUUCCGGUACAUGCAUCUGCUCAAGAUCUCUCCAACAGAUUUGCCACUCAUUUUAGCAGUAAAGUUGCACUGAUAAGGGAGGCUUUAUUAUCAGUUUCUCCCUCAACUGAUCCUACUCCGCCUGUUUCGGAAGAUCUUCACCCUGGAGAAAAUCCUGCCGCAAGUGGAGGAGAGCUAUCAGCCUUUGUAUCCGCGUCAGCUGAUGCCGUCAGGAAGAUUAUCAUGUCAUCGCCAAACAAAUCUUGCUCACUUGACCCUGUUCCCGUGUGGUUGGUGAAAGAGAAUAUUGACCAUAUUAUUUUGACCAUACUUCACGCUUGUCAGGCACUAGUGUGGAUGGUUAUAAGAAGAUUCAGCAUCCUGUUACAGACUGGUCUAUACGGUACAUGCCGUACCCUGUUCACAUUCCCAAGGCCAAGGCUGAGUAGAGAUUACACAACGUGUAGGAUGUCUCAAGCUCCAUUAUCAUCACGGGUCAAUCCCACAACUGGAGCACUGGAGUGGGUGGUGGAGGAUGAGAGCUACGAUUAUCAUCAAGAGAUUGCUCGCUCAGCUUACACUGAUAUGCUCCAUGAUGAUGAGAGGAAUAAGAAAUACUAUGAGGGUAUCCGCCGUGCUAUAUCCAUCAUACGAGGGCGGGGCCAGGAGGUGAGAGUUCUGGAUAUUGGCACAGGGACAGGGCUUCUGGCAAUGAUGGCAGCAAAAUGUGGUGCAGAUUCAGUUUAUGCAUGUGAAGCAUUCCCACCCAUUGCAGAGGCAGCCAAGAAGAUCAUUGAUGUGAAUGGGUUUGCAGAUAAAAUCACUGUCAUCUCAAAACGUUCAACUGAAGUCACCGUCGGCCCAGAUGGUGACAUGCCAGUGAGAGCAAAUAUUCUUGCUACAGAAGUAUUUGAUACAGAGCUUAUUGGGGAAGGGGCUGUUCCGACAUAUCUGCAUGCUCACAAAUGUCUCUUGACUGAUGACUGCAUAUGCGUUCCUCAUAAAGCAGUCGUAAAAGCUCUUCUUGUCCAGUCUGAUUUCAUCUGGAGAUGGCACAAGUUCCAGCCGAUUCAAAUCUCCGGCUGUGAAGGCAUUGUACCACAUCCUGACAUGACAUCAUGCUCCGGGGCAGCAUCUGUCCAUGAUAUUCAGCUCAGUCAGGUGUCACCUGACCAGUUCCAGCCAAUCACAGAGCCUCUAAGUGUGAUCGAUUUCAAUUUCACACAGGGGGAUUUUACUGGGAGUCGAACAAGGACAGUCAGCUGUGAAAGCUUGAUGUCGGGCAAGUGCCAAGGUGUAUUCAUGUGGUGGGAUCUUACUAUGGACACUGAAGGCAAAGUGUUACUAAGCACUGCUCCUACAUGGUGUCAUCAAGAUGGAUCUGAAGCACAAUGGAGGGAUCACUGGAUGCAAGCUGUUUACUUCUUAGAUCAGCCUGUUCAAGUCAACAAAGGUGAUACUGUUUCCUUGACAAUGACCCACGAUGAUUACAGCCAAUGGUUUGAGGUAAGCAGCGGAGAGAAAGAACCAUCAUCUCAUCAGACCAGACCAAUCUGUCGUUGUGGAGCUCAUGUCGUCUGGAGUAGACCAAGAUUUGGUAUGCUCAACGAUCAACACAGAACCAACAAGUUUGUCACAGCUAUGAAAAAGAUUAUUACCAAUGAUAGUGUGUGUCUUAACAUUAGCGAUGGUUCCAUGUUGCCUCUGUUAGCUGCAAGAUUAGGAGCAAAGCAAGUUUACGGUAUUGAAUCUUCAUCUCUGUGUAGACGUGUCAUGGAAAAGGUCAUAGAGGUCAACAGCUUGAAGUCAAAGGUCAAACUAUUAGACCAAAGAGCACAAGAUCUUUCAGUAGCUGAUCUGGAUGGCAAUAAGGUCGAUGUACUCUUGGCUGAGCCUUUCUUCCUUACAAGUCUUUUACCCUGGCAUAAUCUCUACCUAUGGUAUGCUUGGUCUGCUCUGCGUCCUCUCCUCGCACCCAAUGUCAAAAUGCUGCCCUCUAGAGGUAAACUCAUGGGCAUUGCCAUUCAGUUUGAUGACCUUUGGAAGUUUCAUGCCCCAGUGAGGACUCUAGAGGACUUUGAUGUCAGAAUCUUUGAUGAUAUAGUACAGAAGUCAUCCGAGUGCACUGAUGCACCUACGGAACCUCAUCAUCUCUGGGAGUAUCCUGGUCGACGGUUGACCCAACAGUUUGAACUCAUGACCUUUGACUUCUCCAAACCAAUUCCUGAAGGGAAGUCGGUAAGGAAUGGAGUCGUUGAUUUCUGCAGGGAUGGAACCUGUCAUGGCAUUGCAUUGUGGAUGGAGUACGACUUGGAUGACACAACAACUAUCUCCACUGGACUACAAGAUAAAAUCAAAGGGUCUGGUGAGAAUAGUAGUAGACUAGUCUGGGACAUGCAUAGCAAGCAAGGUGUCCAUUUCAUCAAGGCUAACCCGGAAGUGAAAGAAGACGAGAGUUUGAACUUUGAGGUCACAUUCAAUACUUUGAGUGGAAAUCUUCAUUUCAACUUUGAAAUGGAUCAAAGAGAGAGAUGAUGGUCGAGUUUUUCCCUGCUGUUGGAUUCCCACAUGCUUGCCUAACAAAGACACAUACUGACAUGAUCUUCAUGGAAGGAGUCCUGCAGAAACGAUGUUUUUGAAACCAAGAAAAUACAAGAGAUGAAUUCUAUGGUAACCCUCACAGAUCAGGACCUGUAACACAAAGCUUUAAUAGCAAUCAUAGACAUUUUUUUCCGAUUAAUUGAAUUGACUACAAAGUACAAUCAAUCGUGAAAUUCAAGCAAACUAUUAAUUGCUAAUCUCUGUGUACUGUACACUGAUCAUAUCAAUUUUUUUAGUCUAUGAAACUUUUACAAUUUUUUUCAGUUUCGUAGUUUAUUUAUAUGGCUCAUCAUUAUUUAUACUCUACUGAGUGAGUCAGAAAACUAAAUUUCAAAGUUAUAGAAAUAAAUGUGUCAUGAACACGUAAUUAUUACAUGUGUCCUGAGUAUCUUCUACUAAACAAGAUGAUACCAUCUUUAUGUGGCAUAUGUUUAUGCCUUUAUAAUCAGGAGGUAUUCUUUGCUCUGAUGGGCAAUUUGAUUUGUGUCAAAGUAUGGCAUGACUGAAAUGAAUGAAUGGCCGAGGUUCCAGAGUCUCUCUAAAUUAAACUCUAAAUAUUGUUCAUUGCCAUUUUCCUCUACAAAUGGUUGGAAAAACUUGAAUUGGCAAAUAUUUAAAUCAAGCAAAAUGCACGCUUAAGCCUAUUUCUAAACCUGCUUAUGAGAUUGGAGUUUUUCUUGAGCAAAGUACUCGGCUGGCAAGCAGUGGAAAUGCAUAAGUUGCAUUGUUGUGCUUAGAAGCUUAGAUUAGUCUACGAUUUGUCCAUCUCAGUUUUUGCUUCGUAUGGGGCUUUAAAAAGAAAUAUCAAGUUCAUUAGGACCUAUUGUAUCGAAAUUAUGCAUUUACAUUUGUUAAUAUAAAUAAUAUGAUGAAUAGAUUCCUGAGGUGAGGCUGUGUUCAAAAUAUUGUAAAAAGCAGUACAUUUGGAGAAAUGGCCCAAACAAGACCAAAAAGAUCAUACUAGAAUAAUUAAAAACAUUCAAAUUUCAUUAUAUUUGAUUCUUCCAGAUCAUGAUAGUUUAUAAACAGCUUGGGUAUUUUGUGCAUGUGGCACCUUGAUAGAAGAGUAUAUAUAGCUUGAUUCUCACAACUAAUGCUCAUUCUCCCGAAGACGAGAAGAACACACUUAUCAAAACAUCGAGUUUAGGUGGUCCUAUUCAGGUCCAACACACGCCCAUGGAAGAAUACAUGGUGUACCGUGAAACCGCUACACUGUUUUCUGUACGUGUUGAAAAUAUGCAAGAUAAUUUUUGUAUUACAUAGCAAAUUAUUCAUUCAUUGUGUGUUUUUCAGACAAUAGCACAUCCAUCAAACUGAAUAAAACUUUUCGUACAACCUAUUUGUGUUGGUUUAGGGUGGCUUUGAAAAGUGAUUCUAAAAAGAGGCAUAUGUACUGACAUUUGAGCAUUAUACAGUAGGUGCUGAAGAUUUUGUAUGUUUAAUGGAUUGUUAUUUUAGUCAGUCUUGCCCACAUGCGAUUUAUGCACAUUCUCCUCUCCCCGGGGAGUAUAGCAGCCAUGCAUGGGUGUGAGGUACUCUUAUUUCUGGCCAAAUACAAUAUUUUUACAUUCCACUCAGUUGUACAACAUUGACUGAAUUUUGUUGGAAUGUAACUGAACUAUGCAGAGACUCCAGGACCCUGUCUUUCACAGAGUUACGAUUGAUCCAAUCAAUCACGAUUGAUCCAAUCAAUCGUAAUUAUAUGGAAAUCCAUCAGUUUCAUACUUUUUUCUAAAGAAAAUUUGCACAAUGUCCUUUGUAAAAAGAGUAGCAUAAUGAAUUUUAAAGGAAGCAAUGAAUGCAUGAAUAUACAUCAUAAUUAGAAAAUAUUUUGAACAUGCACAAUAGAUGUUGACGUUGCUGGCCGUCCACAGUUGUGAUCGAUCAGAUCAAUCGCAACUCUUUGUAAGACGGGGCCCAAACAUGCAUAGGAUUGGAAGACUUGAAAGUGACAAUUUUGUUUUUCUGGAAUGGGAGAGAUGUUGGCGUGAUGUUUCAAGCCAUCAUGGACUGUAUUAAAACUUUCUGCUUGUAGCAU